GUCUGAGUUAAGGACAUGCAAGUCCUUUGUCUACCUGUGAUCCCAGCUUGCCCGCAGCGUGCUUGCCAUGACACAGCGGCAGCCACCGCAGGUGCCGUAACAGGGCACAGGCGGCCGGGCGAGGCUCUGUCUCACUCCUGGGCACCGGCACACCGGAGCGGCGAGGGCUGGGAGCGGGAGGCUGUGGCAGCAGUCCCCGGUGCCCAAGGCCCGGUGCCUCCUGCCAAAAUCCUUUCACAGCCGAAACCAAACGCGUUUCGGGAUGGCAGAGGCGGCCGGGCAGCACCUGCUCGCUCCCGCACCGCAUGCCGCAGCCCUGCCCUCCCUGGGCACACCGGCGGCGGGCAGUCCGUGCCGAGGAGCGACCCACACGAGCCAGAGCCGCUGCUGCUGCCCCUCCGCCGCCGCGGCCGACGCUUAUUCACCCUCCCCGGAACGCCCGCCGGUCGCCGCCGGCCGCGGCAGAUUCUGCCUGGCUUAUUCAUUGGCAACUUUAAAGAUGCCCGAGAUGUAGAGCAACUGAGUAAGAAUAACAUUACACACAUUCUUUCAAUCCAUGACAGUGCCCGCCCUAUGCUUGAGGGAAUGAAGUAUCUGUGCAUUCCUGCUGCUGACUCACCCUCGCAGAACUUAGCAAGGCAUUUCAGAGAGAGCAUCAAAUUUAUCCACGAGUGCCGGCUCACAGGUGAAGGCUGCUUAGUUCACUGCCUUGCAGGUGUCUCCAGGAGUGUCACACUGGUUGUUGCCUACAUCAUGACCAUCACAGACUUUGGCUGGGAAGAUGCACUGUCUGUUGUCCGCGCGGCAAGAUCCUGCGCCAAUCCAAACAUGGGCUUCCAGAGACAGCUACAGGAAUUCGAAAAACACGAUGUUGAUCAGUUCAGGCAGUGGCUGAAAGAAGAAUAUGGGGAAAACUCUUCUCAGGAUCUGCAAGAAGCCAAAAAUCUUCUGAGCAAAUACAAAGAGCAGGCAGAGUUGCACCAGACUACUGGAGGAAGGCAGUGGAAUAACAACUUCUCAUCUGUGCCAUCACUCUCAUACAGCAACUACACAACAGAGACCUAAUCACAAGAGGUCGAUUUUCUUUUCUUUCUACUUUUGCAGAACAUCUUGCCAUGUUUUCCAUCCCAUUUUUAAAACUUUCAGCAGUAAACCAUGCAAACUGUUGAUUUAUAGAAAGCUUCUUGAUGACAUUAUGUGUGUGUGUGUAUGAGUGUGUUUCACACAGUUUUGUAAUUUGGGCAGGAUCAAGCUCUGUUUAUGCCCAGAGACAGGAUCCAGUUACUGUGGCUGAGGAAUUUUAUCUGCCAGCCACAGCUAAAUCCCCUUCUGCCCACAUUGCCUGGCAUUUGCUGUGAGGUUAGCUCAACUCCUCUUGUUGUAGGCUAGCAAAGGGCUUGGAGAGAUGAGGUCUGGUGAUCCAAGCUGUGGCAGUUUGGCAUCUCUGCACUCUUAGUGUGGCAAAGGUGUUACUGCCCCUGAAGAGGGGAACUCAAGUCUGUGUCUUUGCUGCUCCUGUUCAUGGUCCAUUGGCGAGUAAUAGCAUGGAUGUGGGUGUGAACUUGAAUGCUAGGCUGAAAGUUGGAGCAGGUGAGACAGGGGCCCAAGAACCUUUUCCCCAGCAGUGGCAUCUAGGAGAGAAGUGGGACAGACAGCUCUGAGUAAUAACACCUUCAACCGCCACAGUUUUCUUUGCUUCAGUGCCCGUGAGACUGAACUGUCGGCAGAGCUGCCACAGACCAAGAGCACCCAGGCUGUUACCACAGCUCAGCUGAUGUGCAGUGAUUUAAGCCAUGGUCCCUUGACUGUGCAUCUGGUCUCCCAACAUAAACUUUUCUGGAGGAUAGUCUAUCAUGUCUCCAGAGCCGCUGAACUUCAUUCCCCAUGGAACACGUGCCUCUUCAGCACGCGCCCCUGCGCACACGAUAACGUGUCUCCAAAGAGUGGGCUCGGUGUGAGUGCGAGCACCUGUUUCUUUGCUUGUGCUGUGGUUUGCUCUUUGACUUCAGCUACCUCAAAAAUGCUGUUCUUGUCAUUGUGGUUGUAAAUGCAACCUUGAAAAUUGCCUUGUGUAAUCUUAAUCUAACACUGAGUGAAGUAAGUGGGUGCGUGUGCGUGCGAGAGUGUGCGUGUGCAUGUAUAUUUCACAGAUGUCUGUAUUUGAGAAGUUUAUUGUUUGUUUUUAAAAUUGCCCAUAUUUCUCACUGGUUUAAAGAUUGAGUUGUUGGAAUUCAACUUCCCUGCCAUUUAAACACCACUAUAUAUUUUGCUGUGAUCAGAUUUAUAGGAAUGCAUUUGUACAAUAUAUUUUUAACUAGGUUGAAACUAGGGGCCAUACUCCGCUCUUGGUAACAUUUGUGUGUUUCUGGAAUGGAGCCAUUUGCCUGAUUCAAGCAGCUUGUAAGAGUAUAACUUGAAACAUGUCAGUAGGGAUGCUGGGUAGUGUAUUGAUUUCUAAUGGUGUAAUGUAGGGUGGCCCUGAUGCCAAGAUCAUGAUUUCUUGUCUUUGACUUGGAGGAUGGAAGGCCCACUUUUCUUGAGGAUUCUAGAAAAUAAAAAAUGCCACCCAAACAGCCAAGAUAGAAAAGUAAAACCAAGCCCUUUAUUUGUUCAAGUGUGGUGUGUAUCAUGCUAAAAGCUGAGCACUGAGUGAGAAUCAAUGAGCAAACUAAAUAGACUGCCGUGUCUCUUUCAAUUUCUUCGGUACUCUGGCCUCCCAUUCCUUUACAAGAUUCUUCUAAAUGUGAUUUCCUGCUUGCAGGUGGCAGUGAAUUCUUUGGAUGGGAGCAAGGCUUUUAGGUCAAGUAAACUCUGGCUGUUAAAUAUAUGUUGUUAAGUAUCUUAAAAAAAAAAUAUGUUACGGCUUUUGAAGUACGGGUUGUGCAUAUCAAUAAAUGCCGAAAAGGAGAAAAGGGAAUGGCGUGGAACUGACCUGUCCACUUCAUCUGAGGUCAAGCCUGCAUCAGGGUUCUCAUUGCACUAAGUGCUUUAAAUGUACUGAGCAUGAUGAGAGCAGGAUAAUCAUAUCUAUGUUGCAGUAAGGGAUGUUGCUGGAUUUGGAAAAAGUGCUGGAACUGACCUUGUUUUCAAGCUUGCAGCUGAGAGAAGCACUGCUUGUUUGGUAUAUCCAGCAGUUGCUCUGUGAUUGCCUGGUAAGAGAGGUAUUUAGCUGUUCCUGAAGAUGUUGAUCUGCAAAUAAUUGUCUGCUUAACAAUUCCAGCCCAGUGGUGUCCACAUUGGCAAUCCCUUCAGUGCUCUGAGGGUAGAUGUGAUAAUUGGAAAAUGUUUUCCUCGGUAACAGGGUCUCGGUAACACACGUUCAGGAUGCGGGUCCAUUUGUUCAGCCCUCUACUCAUAAUAGGAUGUGUAGGGCAGCGUCAGCCCAUCCCCAGAGGGCAGCUUUGUCAGAACUAUUCUGCCUGUGGUCUUACAGGUUUCCAGCCAGUCCAUCCUGUAGCAGGCUGCCAGCACUGUGUAUCCUAUAGUACUCCUGGCACUCUUGUCCUUUCAGUAGUAAAGCUGUGGGUGCUGGUAAGUUGGCAGUUCUUUUACUGUUCUGACGCAUACAAGGUAGUAUGGGAGACGUCUGUUAAUUUUCAUGUGUCCAAGAUUAAUCUGCACUCUUUUUUUAAAAUAGUUUGGUUAUCUCCAAAGAGUCAGUCCCCUGAACAGGAUUUUUUUUGGAAGUGAGUUUGGCUUUAGGGCCAUGUAGCCACAUCAGUGUGCAUUAUGCGGCAGCUCCAAAGCAGAUGCAGGGUAAGCUGGGAAGACGGAGGCAAUGCCGUAUUGUCAGUGAGUGAAGGUGCUUCUCUCUUUUUGAAAGGCAGAAAGGGUACUUUCUGCAGUCUCUGCCUUCAACAUCUUGUGUGGUGGUCUGUGUGUACUGCAUACUGCAGGUAAGGGCAGUGCAAGAGCAGCAGCAGUCUAAGAAAACUGGAAUCUGGUUUGCCCACGUAGAGAGCAGAAUGAUGGUUUACUCCCUAAUUACCAUGGGUGCAGGAGAGAGAGCUACAGUUCUCACCUUUAGCCUUUUAGACAGGGAGAGGAGCUAACAGAGACUGAGAAUGUGACAUGAUUUGUCUUCCAGCCAGCCUUUCAGUGGCAAUUUGUAGGACUUUCAAGCUAUCUGGAACAUGACUAGACCCAAUUCACCUCUUAGUAGUUGGCCUUUGUAGUGUAGAUGAUGCAUUCAGUUAUUUUGUUUCUGUACUUCAGAGCACUGUCCUCAUUUUGAUGUUCACUGGAAAAUGUAUAAAGUUUAUAAUACCUUAUUGGAUAUCCAGAUUUGAAAUGUAUAAUCGAUUUUUUUUGGGCUAAACUUGAUAUCCAUGUGUGAUUAUAAGCAAAUGUCUAGUGUUAUAGAAUGUAGGUAAUGGGUAAAUGCAUUAAUAGUAUUUAUUACUCUGUUUUUUAACCUGGAAAAAGUUGCUUCCUUACAUUUUGUGAUUGAGUGGGAAGAUAUGACAAAUCAUAUCUGUUUUUUAAAAGGGAUAAUAACUUUGGUUGCUAUAAUGGCCACCACCUAUAAAGAUGUCAGUGAAAAAUUAUAGCAAUUAUUCCACUAGUUUAAAAACUCUUAAAUCUGGUAAGCUUCUUGAUUCUCUGUCUUCCUCUUCCUGGGCAUCUUAGCGAAGCCUUGAUUGCUUUUUCCAAAUGUUUGUAUUUAAUACGUUCUACAAUUUUUUUAUAAAUAAAAUUAAAUGUUAACACCUGA